AUGAGAUCUUCAAGUAUGAGAAAUGUGCUCCGACUUCUGGAUCAUAUCGGCAGCGUUCUCUCCGUUCUGGCUUUAGUGUUGAUUUACAACCAUGUCACAAAGAAGCACGAAAUAGGCGAGUUGAAAAGAUUACAGAACCUAUGGCAGAAAGAGGUUUCAACAAAAACUUCGGCACCACAAGAUGACAAUAAGAAAAUUAUGGGAAAAAUAGCAGUUCAAGUUUGGUCAAACGUUUGUGGCGGAAAAUUGUCAAAUUUGCUUAACUCUCCUUUCUUUCCACGGUUUUACGACGAGUUAUACUUCAUUUCAAACACGAGGAUUCAGUUAAAUCGAAGCAACUAUGGCCAGCGUGCAUUCGGUUAUUUACAUCCACCAGAAACCGGUUAUUACAAGUUUGUCCUAUAUUCCGAUGAUGGAUCAGAGUUCUGGUUUGGUUCAAAUGAAAGCUUGGCGAGUUUAAAACUUGCCGCGAGCGUGGCCAUGCGUGAUCACGUAGGAAGCGCUCCUGUCGGCGAAAUUCGCUUCGAUUCACAGAUUUCCGAUGAUUUUCUGCUCGAAAGGGGAAAUAAAUACCCCCUGGAGAUUAUUCAUCUUCAAGGCACCGACGCUGAUUUUGUGGAAUUGCACUGGAUUCGACCUGGGAAACAUUAUUUGGAGGUCAUAACAUCGGAGUACAUUUCGCAUUCUGCAGAAUCGCGCCUCGUAUCUCAAAUUGAGUUUUCGAAGGCUUCAUCGGAUAGCCAAUUAAAAGUUACAAAGCCUUAUCUCGUCUCGUUCCUCACGGACAGUACUGUGGAACGCACGCUUCCCACGUGCAGCUAUACGCUUCCAACCGCGACUAUGCCGAAUGUACCCCGUUUCCAUGGAUACAAAGCUAUUCAAGAAAUAAUCAGAGUAACUAAUAAUGACCGGAAAUGGCAGGAUAACGUGGAAGCAAAGUUGGUGGUAAAUCUUUUUAUGGCAGGACUCGAAAAAGUUUUCCCAAAAAAGUACUUCGUCGAGAGAGUUCUUACCCUCGAGCGUAUGGCAACAAAACAAGAGAGCAACGCUGUUCUUUAUUUUCUUGAGAUAGAAUUAAGCUGUGAUGCUUUAGAUUACACAGAAAGAGUCGCAGAGUAUGUCUAUUUACAAAAGAACGAAGUUGGUAAAAACUCACAAGAGAAGGACGUGCAACUUUGUUAUCCGAGGGAUCUGGGCUGGAAGAAGGAAAUUUCAGUUCAUUUGAUUAUUGCUGUUGAUCGUGAAGGUCAACGGCUGCAUCGUUUUAUUGAAAGAGUGGAACAAAUUGUGCGAGAGAGCUUAGAGGUCGAUUUUCAGUUGGUGAUUGUUCACUCUGGAAAAUCGGGCUUAGACGUCGAAAGGACUUUGCAAGCCACUUCGUUGCAGAAGUACAAGGUUGAAAAAUUGAACGGGGAGUUCUCUUUGACGCGCGCCAUUAAUUCUGGAGUAGGACUGGUGCGGAGUUCACAGAGUAUUGUUCUAACUAGUGACGUUCAUACGGAUUUGCCAGCGGAUAUUUUUGAAAAUUGUCGAAAGCACUGCAUAGAAGGGAAGAUGAUAUUUGCACCAGUCCUUUUCGGCUUGAACUGUGGGGCGUAUCCUGCUGAACCGCAUGGAUCAUGGGAUGACCGGGGUUACCAAACGAUCGGCAUUUACAAGAGCGACUGGGAUCGGCUUGGAGGAAUGGAUAAAGGAACAGCAGAUCAUUUAGCCGCCUGGGACCUAAUGGAUCGCAUUUUAUCCAGCGGUUUGCACGUGGCACGUUUGAAGACUGAAAAUCUGUUUCGCUUGUUUUAUCCCAAGCCACGUGAUUUAAACGUAACAUAGCUUGUCAAUUUUAUAAAAGAGAAAGUUGAUU